AUGGGGUUUGGAGUGUAUGAAGGACGUGACUUGCACGUCUUGUGGAUUCUGGCACGAGUUUCCAAUUCAUAUGCGUUGCUUUACAAUUAUGAGACUAUCAAGACCGCUUGUCAGAACUCUGAAAAACGGAGUUUCGUCGAACUGGAGGAAGGCAAUAAAAAACACUUUGCUGAGGCUGUCGACAACCAACAACUAGGAGACGAGACUCCCUCUAUUCCCAUACCAACUUCUCCACCGCCGCGCUCUCCAUCGUCCCCAUCUGCUCCCAGAGCAAGACAGCUGCCGUUCCGAACAUCAACAACCUCUGAUUCAAAUCGUGCAAUGAGAAAAGUAAAGAUAUUCAGUGGAUCCUCGCAUCCUGAGCUAGCAGGCAUGAUUUUAGAACGAUUAGGUCUACCACCUGCCACUGCAACUCUAAAAAGAUUUUCAAAUGCUGAAACUGCCGUCGAGAUUGGUGUCUCGGUACGAAACGAGGACGUCUACAUCAUCCAAUCUGGCUCUUCACAAGUCAAUGAUGAUUUGAUGGAGCUGCUCAUCUUUAUAAAUGCUUGCAAGAUUGCUUCGUCGAGACGUAUUACUGCAGUGCUGCCUUACUUUCCAUAUAACAAGCAAUCUAAAAAGAAGAAGAUUGCAAGGGGGGCUAUUACUGCAAAGUUGGUAGCAAACAUGUUGAGCGUAGCCGGUGUCGACCACGUCAUCACCAUGGAUUUGCACUCGUCCCAAGUGCAAGGCUUCUUUUCCCGUCCAGUCGAUAACCUCCUCGCUGAACCAACAGUCGCAAAGUACAUUCGCGACAAGUACCCAGACUGGCAGAAUGGUGUCAUCAUCUCAAAGAAUGCUGGUGGUGCCAAGAGGGCAACAUCGCUAGCAGAUCGCCUCAAGAUUGAUUUCGCAUUGAUUCAUCGUGAAAAGAAUCAUAUGAGAGAAGACUUGAAUGGAAACGAAACUGAUAGCACCGAGACGUCAGAAGAUAUCUACCACUACCAGCAGGAUGAUGGGUUUGGAGAGAUUGAGACAACGCGGUUGACUCUAGUGGGAGAUGUGAAGGGGAAGCCUGCAUUCAUUGUCGAUGACUCUAUCGACAGCACCCACUCCUUCCUCGAUGCCGCAGUACAUUUGAAACUCUCUGAAGCGUCCAAAGUGUAUAUUGUCGCCACUCAUGGUAUCCUGGCUGGUAACGCGUGUCAGGAAAUUGAGGAUUGUGAUGCCGUUGAUGAGGUUAUCGUGACAAACUCAUACCCCAUAUCAGAUGCUAAAAAGGCCAUGACCAAGAAGCUUCGAAUUAUUGACAUUAGUGGAGUGCUCGCUGAAGCUAUUCGACGUACCCACAAUGGAGAAAGCAUAUCAUAUCUCUUCCACAACCCAGUACUAUAA